AUGGAUAUGGGAACUUCAACCAUGACGAGUAUGUCUGGUAUGUCAAUGACCAUGACCUCUGCUGCAUCGACGGCUUCGUCUACUGCAACUUCAAGUAUGGAUAUGGGUAUGGGAGCUUGCAAAAUUAGUAUGCUAUGGAGCUGGCACACAAUCGAUGCCUGCUUCAUCUCCAGCUCAUGGCACAUCACAUCCCGCGGCAUGUUUGCCGGCACCUGCAUCGGCGUCAUCCUGCUCGUCAUAUCGCUCGAAUUCCUCCGCCGCAGCGCCAAAGAAUAUGACCGCUACAUCCUGCGCCAAUUCCAGCGCGCCGGUGCCGCCCACCCCACGUCCUACCCCUACAUCACGCCGUCCUGUCCUAGUCCUCUCGCCAAAGCGGCCGAGCCAGCAAACUCUUCCCGUGAAAGUGUCGGCGCCAAUUCAGUUGCAGUGAGGGUGGCUGCCAAGUUCCGUCCGAAUGUGAUGCAGCAGGCGAUCAGGGCUACGUUGCAUAUGCUGCAAUUUGCGGUUGCGUAUUUUAUUAUGUUGUUAGCGAUGUAUUAUAAUGGGUAUAUCAUUAUGUGCAUUUUCAUUGGCGCGUGGAUUGGGGCUUUCGGGUUUAGUUGGGAGAUGAUUGAGAUGAAUGGUCCACAGGAAGAAACUACGAUUUGCUGUGGCUGA